GAGUUAGAGUUAGAAAAGAGAAAAAAACGAGAGAAAGGAAGCGAAAGAGUUCACAUAACGGCUGUCAGCGAGCAGAAAAUUCAAGAAAAAGAACACAUCUCUUAAUUGGAUUUCUCGACUGGACAAUUUUCGAAGAGAUCACCGAGAGCUUCCUCGGAGGGAGACACGAAGAGGAGAACCCCGCCCGAAAAGUGAAAACCCCAAGAAACGUGUCUACGUUCGCCGAAAGUGCAAAGGGAUCGCAGUUAUCGGUUGAAAGGGCGCGAUCGAUGAAUCUACUUGAAGAGUUUUUGACUAUUUUCUCAAAAUAGACAUCAAACCUAUUCAGAUGUACGCGAACAACUGUUAGAUGGAUUGUCAGUUGGACCUGGAACAAGAAAGUUAUUAUUAGCGGGUCAAGAAACCCGUUAUCGUGAGCUUGAUUCAUCGUGGCUGACGAGCUUCGAUGAAGAUUCAUCGUACCGUACACCUAGAAGAGUCUAGGCUCACUUGAGAUUUAUCAACGCAUCUGCGAGUCCGACGCGCGCGCUUCACGCCCUUGACUAUCAGAGACUAUCGGAGAACCCCGGAGCAUCCACCAGCGCUAAAUCGAUACGUGAUUUUUGCCCGUGAUCAUCCCGAGACUUAUCGACACCUCUGAAGUCUACUCAACAAAUGGAAAGCAGCUCGAGAUCCAUCGUGCGAUAAUAUUCGCGUCCAAGUCCUCGACUUACAACACAGUGAUACGACAAAGGUGCAGCGUGCGCAAGUGUUACGAGGAGGAUGUUCAAGAAAAAGGAAAUUCUCAAGAUCGACCAACUGAUCUCCAAGUUCUUGGACAGUUCGUAAGAACACGGAUAUCGGAUGAUACGAGACACAGUACUUUCCCUAACAAACGUAAACGUUCAAACACGGAGAUCGAAACUCACCUCGAGGAGAGAACAACAUUGAAUAUUGGGAGAAGAAUACACCCGUCCGCGACUUACGCUCUAGCCCUUCGUUGAAGUCACCGAGAAUCCGAGAGGCGGAGGGUAAGGAGUCCUCUCCUCACAGCUCGGGUACUCUCAACGACUCCACGGGGCACUUUCGCUACGUCGAUCUCGAGGAAGAAGAGGAGGAAGAAGAAGAGAAGGAGAAGAAGACAACGAUAAUACCGUGCGCAACGCGGACGCAGGGCGCCCUCAUUAAGAGCUCGCGUCGGAAGAUGUCUUCGUAGACGGUCGAGAGAGCGUCAGGUGCUUCCAAUACGAACGACCUCGACCAGGUCACCCCGGCAUCACCCUGGCUAACGACCUGUCCGGAGGUACCGGGGCACCCGGUGCGGGCGGCGUCGGUUCCGUCGGUGGUACCUCCGUCGGUGGCGGCGGCGGCAGCGGUGGCGGCGGCUCGUCCCUGCCGACGACCGCCCUCAGCCUCGACCAUCAGCAGUUCAACAUCUUCCCGGCGAUUUUCAGCCGGCAGCUCAACUUCUCCGCCGCUGCCGCCGCCAACUGCGGCCAGAACAAGCUGAUGGACGAGCUCAGGCCGAAUCUGGGUCUGCUCGGCGUCGGCCUGGUCGAGAACGACAGCUUCCACCUCAAUCACAAUCAGGAGAAGAGGAAGUGCAGCAGCGCCAGCUCCAAUGAGCAGGACUUCGGCCUGUACGGAGUGCAUCAGGGCCUCGAGGCGAGCCCGCCGACGCCCGCCGCCACGCCAGGCAGAAGCAGCGUCGGGGCCACCGCCAGUGUCGGCGUAGAAGGCGCUUUUAAAAAGUUAAAGCCCGACCCCUGCGCCUCUAGUCCUCACAUUGGCCACACACCUACGACAGCCAGUUGUCCAACACCCGCCCGACGGCGACACAGAACUACUUUCACGCAGGAGCAGCUGGCGGAAUUGGAAUCAGCGUUUGCAAAAUCUCAUUAUCCGGACAUAUACUGCCGGGAGGAGCUAGCGAGGACCACCAAAUUGAACGAGGCCAGAAUUCAGGUCUGGUUCCAGAACAGAAGAGCGAAAUACCGGAAGCAGGAGAAGCAGCUGCAGAAGGCCCUGACACCGAUUCCCGCCUGCCAAGGCGCCAUGAUGAGGAAUAUCUAUCCUGGCGCCAGCAGGGGUUAUCAACCCUAUCCCCAUCCUCACAACAGCAUAAAUGGCAUAAAUCGUUAUCCCCAGAUGGGCACAACGUCUUACCCGAGCAUGACCCAGCCGUUCUCCAUGUCGCAUUCAGCGUCGAAUAUGUCGGCCGUCACCGGUAUGCGACAAGAUGCAAUGGGGAUGUCAGCGGAGGACGAGUGGUACAACAAAAGCAUCUCGGCUCUGAGAAUGAAUACAGCCCACCACCCGAACCUGGCUGCACCGAUGUUACAGUACCAAACAUAAUUGUAAACGGAGGCGGGCUGGCGACUCGAGGAUCUCGUCAGAAAUCAUACGGCACACUUGUGACCAGAACCGAGCGCGAGGCGACGAUGAGAGUGGACAACGGAGGAAGGCAAUUAAAAUGACGAGAUCGACAAAGCCCGAUCGAAAGACAACGUUUCGCCGUUUCGCAGACGAGAAGGAAGAGAGAAAAGGGAGAGACCGUGGAUCCGAUUUGCGUGAUGGCUAUCACGAGUAGUUCGCGCGGCCGCAUCGACGUUUUCGCAUCUCGCUUGCGAGUGAGAGAGCUCUUUCUCUCUCUCUCUCUCUCUCUCUUUCUCUCCUUCCCUCCUUCUCUUUCUAGAAAUCCUGCAGCAGUACGUGGCGAAUAUAUAUACGUAUGAGAGAGCCGUCGCCAAUUCGCCUUUGCGAUCUGCGGAUUGUUCGAUCGUGUUGAAUACAAAUUGAUCAGCGGAGGUUGAUCAACAAUCGCCAAAGUUUGUUUAAUUGGCACAUUCGCGAUUAGACAUUCUCGCUUAUCCGUGGCGAUUUCCGUGACCGAUACGGAAAGACGUUACGAAUGAACGAAGAACAUGCGAGCUGCGAGCCAAUUUCGACGGGGAGCUCAUCGGGGGAAAAAAGAGAGAAAGAGAGGGAGAGAGAGAGGAAGAGGGUGAGAAAAUACACGCGAUCUCUCAAGGGUGCAAAUUGUAUCUCGGAUUCGCGGACAGCGAGGGAGUUGUGCGAUUAUAAAGCGUGUACAGAAUGUGUGUGUAAGAGCACCUCGCGGGAGAGAUUUGUCGCGAGAUCCGUAUAUUUUCUACGUGUAACGGGUGUCCGCUCUUUUUCGCGCACUAGUUCUUCGGUAUCGGGAAACGUACCGUAAGAACGCGCGGAAGCAUUAUGCGCACACACACACACACAUACACACACACAUACACACACACACACACACCCUCGCACACCUGUACACAGCCACAUCCGAGUCGGACCAGGGACACGCAAUCUCGCGCGCGACGCUUCGUCAGUCUACUCAACAACGAUUCGUGCCGUUUUCGUUAAUCGGUGGGCGAAAGGGACGGGACUGUGUAAAUAAGGGUGCGGAGAUAUAGAUACAUAGAGGAGCGUAAUCGGCAGAUACUCUAGCAUAUGCGAUUUUUCAAUGUCCUUUUAAAAGAGUGUAAGCAUACCCUUAGUGAAUGAUAUUAGGCAUUGAUUUGUGUGCUUAUGUUGACCACGAUUUUAAAUAAACAGGGAACGGGGGGACGCGGUGAUGUUAGUAGUUGUGGUGGUGGUGGUGAUGAUGGUGGUGGUUAUCCGCGACAGUGUCUUGCGUUCGAAAUUUGAGGGGCGCCAGGGUUUCUCCCCGUCGCGAUGCUCGGUCCGUCGACACUCAUUCACUCCCCUUUGAUCCGCAUUGAUUAGAAAGUCGUCGCCUACGAAUUAACAUGAGAGAGAGUUAUUAUUAUUAUUACUAUUAUUAUUAUUACUAUUAUUAUUAUUAUUAUUAUUAUUAUUAUUAUCCAUAUCGCAUCCCCGUUCCGUCAUGAUUGACAUGAGAGAAAGAUCCGAUUCUUGCCGCGCACUCGUCUCAUCUCGCUUGUAAGAACGCGAUAAAACCGAGUAUACGUUUGAGGCUUAGGAAUAUUAUCUAGAAGUACACUUGCGUGCGUGUGUGUGUAUGUGUGUGUGUGUGUGUGUGUCACGAGAACGAGUAAGAUUUCGUAAAGUUACACGCACACAUGCAUUCACGCAACACAGAAUACCGUUAUCUCAGAAACACAUCACCGUUAUCGAAGCAACGUCGAUAAACGAUACUUUUGGUGCGAAUCCUUUUUCUGAAGUCGUACACAUUUGUUCAUUUGUAUCAUUUUUUCCUUCCAAGACGGAGAUGUGAUACGCGUAACGUGUUAACGUAUCGACGUGUCGACGAAACGAGUUCGAUGCGAGUCGCUGUAUAUCACCCGUUGGACGCAAUUUAUGUUGGACGUUAUUUUUUACUCGUCGGCACGUCCUUACGAUAUACCUAUGCAUUUGUAUGUGAUGGCCUGCUCAAGCCUGUUUCACACUGGGAAAGUAUCCGACGCCAAGUAGAACCAGUCAGACGACACAUUACGAGGAAUAUUGUUUCACAGGAUGAAUGAAUGAUAACUUCCUCUUUCACAUUUCCUAAUUACUUUACGGCAAGCUCACAUUCUUGACCGUAACAAAGUCACAAUGUACAAUUCUUUGCUUAAAUUGGCCAAUGAUAUGAAAUUAUUUUGUACACGUUGAUUUUUCUGAAAAUUUUAAAAGCAUAAUUAUCACAUUUUAUGUAAAACACAUUUUUUCAAACAAAAAUUCAAUAAUUUAUUUAAUGAUCAUAACGAAAAUUCGUUAGUCGAUGGGAAUUUCCAUCGGGCGCAGCUGUCACUCAGCUGAUAGGUGAAUAAUUAAUUUAUACAUAGCAAUGUGUUAACAGAUGUGUUAACAAUCUUCCACGUUUGCAAUCUAUCGACUGAUUCGCGCUAACAAUCACGUUGCUUUACUCACGAUCAUCGAACGCGCGACGUCGGCUGCUGAUUGCGUCGAAAAAGAAAAAGAGAGAGUGUCGACGUCGCUGCGAUUCUUCACCCUGGCUAAUUAACUCAAUCGUAUCUUGAAUGAGAUGGGGUGAGAUCGCAAGCGAUCGCACUGUCCAGGCGAUCGACAAACGCACAGGCCGAUCGACUCACGAGGCCAUUGAUUAUCUCUCUUAGCUGGACGAAGUUAUAAUAAAAGAGCAAACGGAAGAAAGUUCGCAGCCCAUCUCACUCACAUCCAGGAUUGAACUCCCAGCGACCGCCAUCCGAUCGUAUUACUCUGUAAUUGAUACCGUAACGUUCAACCAAUUCGUGCCAACGAGCCGAAGCUUCGCGACCGAUUUCGAGAUCGAGACCGACUGUGUUGUCUUUGGGAUAAUUAUCUCGGACGAAUGAUCGGCGGACGUUGACGGAUGUUCAUCGUAUCAAUCGUCGACAAUAAUGCAGCUGAAUGUAAAGGAACGAAAAGGAACGAAAAGAAAAAGCAUACCGACAUAAUUCCUCAGCCCGUUCAUCGCGAAUCGGUUGGUCGUUACUCUUUCGCUCGUCGGUCGUCCGGAUGCUUUCCCGCGUAACGAAAGAGAGCCGGAAAGCGGAACUUUCGCGUUUGGACCCUUCGACGCUUCUUCGAGAGCUCCCCGAGAUUGAAGACAGGUGUGUUUGUUUGUUUGUGCGAGUAUACACAUUGUGCGUGGAGUGCAAAGUGGCCCGCGAGCAUCUCGAACACCUACGACUCGCCGCGACAUCUCCCUGGCGCCUUUCAGUCGUGAUAUUCGGAGUCUGUCCAAUCAACAAUCGUCUAAUAUUGGUGUCAUUUUUCGAUAACUGUCUAAUCAAUAUAUCGACUCGAGAAGAUGAAGCCGCAGAGAAGACUGCGCAUUGUUUUUUCGUGUAGUUUCGCUGCGACCUUAUUAUUAUCGCUCGCGGCAUUCCACGAGAAAUGUUCCUAAAGAGAAAACAAGUUUGUAACAUAUCGCACACGUUACAUUCAUACGUGCACAAGAUUAAAUGAAAGACACACACGCGUACACGGAUGUACACGUACACACAUCGUACACACACAUACACACACACACACACACACACACACACACACACACACAUACAUACAGAAGGUGCACAGCAAGCACGUGCUUGCGCAUCCAAGUCACAUACACACACCAUGUCACGUGUUGUGUCGAGAGGAAAAAAAGUUAAAAAUUAAGUGGAAAUGCAUACCGGACGAGCGUAACAUAGUUUUAAGCAAGGGUCACGUAUUGUACGUAUGUGUUGUACAUAG